AUGGAUCCUAAGCGGCUCAUCCUGUGCCCCUAUGACAAAAAUCACCAGAUCCGAGCCUCCAGGUUCCCCUACCACUUGGUCAAAUGCAAAGAGAAUAACAAGAAAAGAGCCAAAGAGCUGGCCACGUGCCCCUACAAUGCUCGUCACAAAGUCCCAAAGCAGGAGCUCCAGCUGCACAUCUCCACCUGCACAGACAACCAGGAACCAGAGCUGUUCAGUGGGACAUCAAUGACUUUCAGUCCCAAGAAGGGACAGAAAGAGACCCCAAGAUCCUGGCAGUGUCCCCCCUGCCAGGAGGACUGGGAGGCAGAUGCAGAUGAGCCUGCUGCCACUGCUCCUUUUGUUCUUGGUUUCAAGGCAAACUGUACCUUAAGUGCAAGUCAAAGUGUUGGUGAGACAGGCCGGGAUAGAAACCAGCAAAUGCAGGCCAUGAGCACCACAGCAGCGUGGACUCCGAAGGGUCUCUCCUGGAGAAAUGGCUCUCUGUGAGGCUCUUGCUAUGGGAAGGAGCAGCCUGGAAAAGAGUCGAAGCUUUUAAACUUUGUCAAUA